AUGUUAUUUUAUAUGAAUAGGCGAAUUCCCGGAUCUCAAGCCAGGCUAUUAUCUUCCAACGUUGAUAUGUUAACUCAUAUUCGAGCCAUUCACUUUACUUCUCCCGUCGAUUGCGAUUGUUAUAUACUACCGUUGUUGAUAUGGAAAAAUUCCCAGCUUGGUAGAGAUAUUACUGGAAAAUGCCACAACUUAAAUUCGAUUUCUAAACAUCCCGUCUACGAUUUAGACGAGAUGAGUACAUUUAGCCAUUGCUCCCACCGGCAAACGCGUAGUGCAACGCUAGCAGAAUCUGGUUCACUUCGGCAAUCCAAAAUGAAUGUUCGAAUAAGGGGAAAUACACCUGAAAUUGGCGUAGUUGAGAUUUAUUAUAACCAAAGUUGGUCUGGCAUUUGUAGUGCAGGAUGGUCUUUUAUCGAUGCAGUGGUAUUAUGCAAACAAUUAGGUUAUGAAGCGACCUUAUCAGAACUAUCUAACAUUGAGUAUAAACCUGAUUCAAGUUUAACUUUGAUGGAUAUUGACUGCAAGGGUAAUGAAUCAUCUUUAAUGCAAUGUCGUCAUUCUAACUGGCAGUCGGGCAAAGCUUGUUCCUCUGGUAGAUUAGCAACGGCCCGAUGUGUUACUCCACGAGUACGCUUAUUUGGAUCUAAUGAACCAAAUGAAGGCAUUGUACAGAUCAAUUUAAACGGUAUAUGGGGAACGCUUUGCGACCCUGAUUUUAAUAUGGUUGCCGCUAAUGUGACAUGUCGCCAGUUAAAUUAUGUGGGGGCUGAACGUGUCCAAUUCAACUUCGCAACUGGCACUCAAAAUAUGGUGUCACUAAUUGGUAAUAUACGUUGCAUGGGUGAUGAAGAAGCGCUCUACUAUUGCGAUCAUUCACCCCCAUCCAAUUCUUGUACACGAAAUCAUACAGUUGGGAUUAUUUGUGUAAACAAAACCUUAACCAUCAAGGAAGGGACAAUCCGAUUGAAAAACGGCAACGGACCUUAUGAAGGAAGAGUUGAAAUUUAUCAUAAUGGUUUAUGGGGAACAAUUUGUGAUCAAUCGUUUGAUCUUGCCGUUGGCAAAGUAAUAUGUCGUCAGUUGGGUUACAGCAAUGUUAUUACCGUGUAUGGAAGCGCACGUUACAGACAUGGUUAUGGACCAGUAUGGCUUGCACAUUUAAAGUGCCCAUUAAAUGCCAAAACCCUAUCAGAAUGCCAACAUCCUGGAUGGGGUAAUAGUACUUGUAAUCAUCAUCAGGAUGCUAGUGUUAUGUGUCAAGACAAAUCAAUAUGCAAUAAUAAUCAAUUUCCUUGUUCAUCUGGAAAUAAGAAAUGUGUUCCUGCAUCAGUUCGAUGUGAUUUUGCUGACGAUUGUGCAGAUGGCUCAGAUGAGCGAUAUUGCAACGCCUUCCCGGACAGGUGUGAUUUUCAAAAUGAUUUUUGUGGCUGGUCACAAUAUGCUAAAGAUCAGUUUGACUGGUCUAGAACUAAAGACGGCACGUCUUCUGAGCAGACUGGGCCAACCUAUGAUCACACAUUUCGUAAUGCUUCUGGUUAUUUUAUUUUUAUCGAGGCGUCAUCUCCGCGAGAACCUGGUGAUGUUGCCGAGCUAACCAGUCCGCAUUUUUUUGCUCCGUCUGACUCAGAGUGUCGGAUGCGAUUUUUCUACAACAUGAAUGGUGCUGAUGUUGGUUCAUUAAAUGUACGUAUUCGUUCUGGUAUUAAAAAUGUAAAAAAUGUUACUAUAUGGAGUAAAAGUGGACAUCAAAAUGGGGGCAAGUGGACCAGGGCUGAAAUUAUAUUACGAAGCUCUGAGCCAUUCAAGGUGGUUUUGGCAGCUGUUCGGGGUAAAACAUUUAAAGGUGAUAUCGCUGUCGAUGAUAUUUCUUUUUCGCAACAAUGCCAACCUUUGGCUACCGCGGUUGCCUGCAGUAAAAAUGUUUUCAAGUGUAAAAAUCGUGAGUGUAUUCCGUACGAAGAUCGUUGUAACUUUAGGCGUGAUUGCUUUGAUGGAUCAGAUGAGAUCGAUUGUACCCAAGGGAUUUAUUCGUAUAUGUGUGGCUUCACCAAUGGAUUAUGCCUUUGGUCACAAUUAGGUGACGAUGACUUUGAUUGGACACUAAAUAAAGGAGAAACAACGUCUUUAAAUACUGGACCUGCAGGUGAUCAUACACCCGGGGAUGGUGUCGGAAAUUACUUAUAUAUUGAAUCAUCGGAUCCACGUUUACCCUUCGAUAAGGCGAAGUUGAUUAGUCCUAAGUUAUUGGGACCAGUAGAACUGCAAGAUAGCUGUAAUUUUUAUUUCUUUUAUAACAUGAACGGUGCAACUAUCGGCUCUUUAGAAGUAUGGCUAGUUGACUCCAACAACAUUGGUUUACAACCCAUUAAUAUUUGGAAGAAAAGUGGAGAACAAGGUUCGGAGUGGCAUCUCGCAGCCGUUCGUAUUCACACUCGUUUGCAGCGUUAUCAGAUCAUGAUUGUCGGAAUUCGUGGAAACGGAUAUACUGGAGAUAUUGCAAUAGAUGAUUUAUGGUUCUCGCAUCAGUGUCGAGUAGUUGGAUAUGAAUCGGAUAUAGUUCGUUUAGUUACAUCAGACGGCCAAACAUCAUUACAUCAAGGACGGGUAGAAAUCUUUCACAAUGGUUUAUGGGGCACAAUCUGCGAUGACGGUUGGGGUAUGCCAGAUGCUAACGUGAUUUGCCGUCAGUUAGGCUAUCCAUCGGCUGUAGCUCUUAUCAAAGCAAAGGAAUUUGGUCCUGGUAACGGCACGAUAUGGCUAUCAAAUGUACAGUGCUUAGGCAAUGAAACAGCCAUUAAAAAUUGUCAUUUCUCUGGUUGGAAUGUAUCGAAUUGUUCUCACAUGGAAGAUGUAGGUGUGAAGUGUACCACAGCCACAGGACCUGAAGCGAGUGUCCGUCUGGUUGGUGGAUCUAGCACAAUGGAGGGGCGAGUAGAGGUCAAUUACUUUGGAACUUGGGGAACGGUUUGCAAUGAAAACUUUGGCUUAAGAGAAGCAGACGUAGUUUGCAAGCAACUUGGUUUCACUGGUGGUAGGAAGAUAUAUGGAUCAAAUAAAUUUGGUCCCGGAACCGGUUAUGUUGUUGUUGAUAGUCUUACAUGUAAUGGAACAGAGGCAUCAAUAUUUGAUUGUCACCUUAAUGCACUUAGUAAUAUCAAAUGUUAUCACAGUGAUGAUGUUGGUGUAAGUUGUACCAACAAAACAGUGAGAAUAGUUGGUUCGUCUACCGUUGGCCGGCUCGAAAUUCUGCAUAAUAAUUUUUGGGGUACAGUAUGUAAGACAGGCUGGGAUUUAAAUGAUGCUACUGUCGCUUGUCGGGAAUUAGGUUUUUUACGAGCGCAAAAUGCAAUAACGAUUGAUGGAUUUGGUCCAGGUGAUGGACCAAUCUGGUUAUCCAAUUUAGCAUGUUAUGGAAAUGAAACGACAUUGUUAUCUUGUCCUGGAUCAAAGUUUGGUUCAGUUGGCAAUUGCAACCAUACUGACGAUGCGGGUCUACGUUGCACUAAUCAAUAUGUUCAAUUUAAGACUGGCGAUCUCCGACUAGUUGGUGGUGAAGGAGCUUGGGAUGGCCGCCUCGAAAUAUUCUAUGAUGGCUUGUGGGGCACAAUAUGUAGUAAUAAUUUUAAUAUCUAUUCUGCGAAUGUUGUGUGUCGACAAAUAGGAUUUAGCUUGGGUGCCUCGUCCUAUCGAAAUGCUACUCAUUCUAAUACUGGCCUUGGGCCAGUUUGGCUAGAUAACGUAGUCUGUAAUGGCGAUGAGUCAGAUAUAUUAAUGUGUAAUUACCAUGGCUGGAAUAAAGGGAACUGCCUUCAUUUGCAAGAUAUAGCUAUAACAUGCCGUUCCAAUAAAGGCGUUCGAAUUAAUGAACAAAACCCUGGCGUUGGAAUGGUGGAGAUAUUGCAUAAUGGCACUUGGAGUGGCGUAUGUAAGCAGGGGUGGACUAAUCAAGAUGCAGACGUUUUAUGUAGAGAGCUCGGAUAUACUGCUGCUUUGCCUGCUCUUAAUGAUAUACAAUAUAAAGUUGAAUCCAGUCUAACGCUCCAAACUGUUAGUUGCCAAGGCCACGAACUGUCAAUAUUCGAUUGUUCUCUUGGCAAAUGGCAACCAGGCGACACAUGUCCAACAAUUGAACUUGCUUCUGUUCGCUGCAGUAGCCCUAAAGUCAAGUUAUCUGGUUCAAUACACGCUUACGAAGGAGUUAUAGAAAUCAAUGUUAAUGGUGCAUGGGGCACAGUAUGUAAUCAAGGAUUCAAUAUCGCUGCUGCAAACGUUACUUGCCGCCAGUUGCAUUAUGUUGGUGCAAAGCGUAUUAAGACUUUUACAGUACCAUCUUCCAGCAACUUACCACAUUUAAUCAGUCGAGUGCAAUGUACGGGAGAUGAAGGGGCUUUGGCUUAUUGUCUUCAUUCACGCGACGUUACAUUUUGUUCGCCUGAAGCAGUCGUUGGUAUUGAGUGUAUAAAUAAGAGAAUGUACCUUAGAGACGGAGACAUUCAGUUAAAAGGUGGAUUAGGACCAAGCCAGGGUAGAGUUGAGAUCUAUUACAAGGGAAUUUGGGGAACUAUCUGCGAUUGGUAUUUUGAUUUAACUGAUGGCCAGGCAAUAUGUCGUCAGUUAGGUUAUGCACAGGCUCUAACAAUAUAUGGAAGUGCGCAUUAUGGGCAGGGUUAUGGCCCUGUUUGGCUUACUAGUAUUGAUUGUCCAAAUGAUGCCGUAUCGCUUAAACAAUGCCAACAUCCAGCGUGGGGACUUAGUUCAUGCAGUCACCAUCAAGACGCUAGUGUAGUAUGUAUAGAUGCCUUUAUUGACCGCUGCGAUUUCGAAAAUGGUUUCUGUGGAUGGUCGCAAAAUUUUAAGGAUGAUUUUGACUGGAUUAUAAUGCAUGGAAAAACUCCUUCAGCUAAUACAGGGCCUGAUGUCGAUCAUACUUUUCACAAUAAGUCAGGACAUUACAUAUAUUUCGAAGCGUCACUACCACAUACUACUGGACAAAAGGCCGACAUAGCAAGUCCACAUUUCUUUGCACCAGUAGAUGAAGAAUGUCAGAUAAGAUUGUAUUACCAGAUGAAAGGUUCAGGUGUUGGAUCAUUUCGAGUAAGAACUCAGUUUGUAGAUAAAAGAAAUGAAACCAGGUUUCAGGUUGAUGGAGAACAAAAUAUUGGUCGUUGGACGUACGUUAGUGUCCCUUUAAAUAGUACCGUGGCAUUUAAGGUCAUACUAGAAGGCGUUCGAGGAAUAAGCCUCCUGGGUGAUAUAGCAGUUGAUGAUAUUUCAUUUACGCAACAAUGUCAGACAUUAUCUAAAAAUAUUAGUUGUACGGAUGAUGCAUAUAGAUGCAAAUCAGGUGAAUGUAUAGAUGUAGCCGGUCGCUGUAACUUUCGAAUAGAUUGUUACGAUGGAUCUGACGAAAAGGAUUGCGACGAAGGAAUCUAUGCGUAUCGGUGCGGUUUUGGCCGUGGUAUUUGCCUUUGGUCCCAGAUGUAUGAUGACGAUUUCGAUUGGAUUAGAAACAGUGGUGAAACUAGCUCUUCUGGAACAGGACCACUGGAAGGACAUACAGAGAAAGAUUUAGAUGGUAGUUCAUCAUAUUUAUAUAUAGAAGCUUCAAGCCCGAGGAAACCGAAUGAUGAAGCGCGUCUUAUAAGUCCUGAGUUAUUAGGACCGGUCACCUUUGCAGAAGGUUGCAUGUUUAACUUUUAUUACAAUAUGAAUGGAGCUUUUAUCGGUUCAUUACAAAUUUGGCUCGUUGAUUCCCGAAACAAUCAUUCACAGUCUAGACUGCUAUGGCGCCGUGAUGGUAAUCAAGGUUCACAGUGGCACUUUGCUUCCGUUCCUGUCAAUACAACAUUUCAUUAUUAUCAGAUUAUUAUUACGGGCGUUCGUGGUAUAUCUUUUCUUGGAGAUAUUGCCAUAGACGACUUGUAUUUUUCCCAUCAAUGUCGAGUACCACGGUUCAAUUCAAAUACUGUUCGCCUCAUCGAUAACAGCGGUCAGGCUUUUGUGUCUCGAGGACUCUUGGAAUUAUUACACGAUGGUGUAUGGGGCACAUUGAUUCGUGUCUUAACAGGGUUUCCAAGAGCAUUAGGUUACAGACUUAACGGAGAACUUGGGAUUGGUAAUGGUACGAUAUGGCUAUCCAUGGUGGGUUGCUUAGGAAAUGAAACUUCUUUAGAAGAUUGUCCUAACUCAGGUUGGAAUAAGACAAACUGUUAUCAUUCAGAAGAUGUUGGUGUGAUUUGUGCUGUUGUUAAACCGACUUCUCAGAAUAUUCGCCUGGUUAACGGUCCUGAUCCAUCUGCUGGCAGACUUGAGGUGCUAUAUGAUGGAGCAUGGGGUACCGUUUGUGACGAUUUUUUCGAUACAAGGGAUGGAGAUGUUGCUUGCCGACAAUUAGGAUUUACUGGCGUGAGCAGAAUUUAUAGCUCAAUGCAGUUCGGAGUCGGAGGAGGACAGAUAUGGUUAGAUAACCUUGCGUGUAAUGGAAAUGAGUUAUCAAUUGCUCAGUGUCCUGGCAUUCGAUGGGGAAUAACGAAUUGCAACCAUGGGGAAGAUGUUGGGAUUUCCUGCACGAACGAUACUGCGAGAAUAAUUGGCUCUCAAAGUAGUGGUCGUUUUGAAAUUAUGCAUAAAGGGAUGUGGGGUACAGUCUGUAAUAAAGAUUGGGAUUUGGCCGAUGCUGAUGUCGCAUGUCGUCAGUUAGGAUUUGUAAAAGCGCUAAGUGCUAUUACUGACCUGCAGUUCGGUGAAGGUUGUACAGGGAAUGAGACCUCCAUUGUGUCUUGCAGUCAUUCAGGUUGGGGAGCCCCUGGAACAUGCCAACACAGCGAUGAUGCAGCAAUUUCAUGCAGUCAAUCUAUAGUUGGUAUAGAAGAUGGCGAUAUACAUCUGGUUGGAGGAUUUGAAAGCUGGGAGGGUCGAAUUGAAAUAUUCCAUAAUGGGAUUUGGGGUACCGUUUGUGAUGACUAUUUCAAUUUAUUCGCUGCUAACGUAGUUUGCAGACAGCUGAAUUAUCCACUUGGUGCUGAAAGCGUGCAGGGGAAUGCAUACUAUGGCCAAGGCUUCGGAAAAAUUUGGCUCGACGACGUAACUUGUAGUGGUAGUGAGAAUAGAUUAACUCAAUGUAGAUAUCGUAAUUGGGGCAGCAAUAACUGUGGUCAUUCGGAGGAUGUUGGUGUUACAUGCCGAACUGGUACUUCACAACCAACAACGAAUAAUAAUGCAACAUUGCGUAUUCAAGAAACCGAUAACGUUGAUGGCGAAGGGUACUUAAGAAUUUAUCGUAAGCAAUUGUGGCUACCCUUGUGUGUUUCUAACUGGAAUGACGAUGUGAGUGGUGUAGCUUGUCAUCAGCUAGGAUACACAACUUUUAUCCAUGUUUCGCAGUUAAUGACAACACCUCCAGGGAACAGCUACUGGAAUGGUAAAAUUUCUUGUAAAGGUUCUGAACAAUCAUUAGCGGAGUGCCGUUCGUGGGAUUGGUCAAAGAGUUCUUUCUGCCCACAGACCGAUAUGGUGCAAGUCAAGUGUGUCGCGCCGAGACUCAAAUUUUUCCCUGAGAAUAAUGACCAAGGAUUUCUUUUGGUCAACCACCAUGGAAUGUGGGGGACUAUUUGUGAUGAUAAUUUUGGUUUAACUGACGCAAAUGUUGCGUGUCGACAACUUGGUUAUACGGGAGCUCAUAACUUAGAUCCAUUCGCUCAAAAUUCUUUAACUGGUAGCUACCCCAUUCUACUAGAUGACGUUAGUUGUCUCGGAAAUGAGCCAGCAUUGGCUUACUGUAAACAUCGAAAUUGGAGUAGUACAGACUGCACACACAGCGAAGAUGUUUAUGUCGUUUGUAAUGCUGAAAAAGUAUACGCUAAAGAAUGGGACAUACGAUUAGCUGGCGGUUCAUCUAAAAGUGGGCGUCUUGAAGUUUUUCACCAUGGAAUUUGGGGUACAGUAUGUGGCAAGGGAUUCACUAAAUCAGCAGGUGAUGCUGCUUGUAAGCAGCUUGGAUUUGCUUCUUCGACAUCAGUGGAUAAAGAAUCCUUUUUCGGCUCUGGCAGUGGACCAAUUUGGCUAUCUAAUGUUAUUUGUUCCACAAAUGCAAAAUCAUUAAUUCAAUGCUAUCACGAUACUUGGGGAAACAGUAACGGUUGCACUCAUAAAGAUGAUGUUGGAAUCCGAUGUAAAAGUGACUCAGAUGGUGACAUCCGAUUGGUCGGCGGCUUUACGGGCGAUAAUUUAAAGUAUGGAUUACUUGAAUUAUAUACUCUUAUUGGAUGGGAAGUUUUAUGUGAUGAUUUGUGGGGAUAUCAAGAAGCUAUGGUUGUUUGUAAACAACUUGGUAUUGGCAAUGUUGGUAAUAAUUUACCAGCGGUUAUAUCUCCACCAUCGUCACUACUAGCUAAAGGCUUCAAUUGUUAUGGCCAUGAAAAUUCGUUAUCAUCUUGCAAAACUGCGUCGGUGAUUUGCAGACGAACGCGAGGAAUUAACAUACGAUGCACUAACGUGCGCUUAUACGGUAGUAAUUUUGGCAAUGUUGGCCAAUUACAAGUUUAUUAUAAUGGUAAAUGGGGGACGGUUUGUAAUAAAGGUUUUGUUCAAGAAAGCGCAGAAGUAGCCUGUAAAGAAUUGGGAUAUACGUCUCUAGUUAAGAUGAAUCUGCAUGUAUCUGGAUUCUCCAGUACUAAUACGGUAUGGCUCAGGAAUCUGCAGUGUAAAGGCAGUGAGAAGAGUAUCUUUAACUGUAGUCAUCGUAGUUGGGGUGAUGAUGGUGGCUGUUCAAGUGCUAUGGGCGUUUACUUAACUUGUGCAUCGGUUUCUGGAGAGGCGGUGGAAGGAGGUAUUAAAUUAGUUGGUUCAUCAAAGCCUUCUGAAGGGAGAGUGAUGAUUUUUCAUAAUGGCAAAUGGGGAAGUAUCUGUGGUAACGGUUGGGAUAUUAAAGAUGCAGCAAUUGUUUGUCGACAGUUAGGUUAUAAGAAAGCAAAACAAGCAACCGCUGGUAGUCAUUUUGGCUUUGGGUCAGAGCCAAUCUUACUCAGCAAUGUGCAAUGUGAUAAGUCUGAAAGAUAUUUAUUACAGUGUAAGAGGUAUCCGGGUUCAUCUCAAACGUGCUCCCAUAGUUAUUUGGCUGGUGUAAUUUGUGAUGAAACCUCACUGAUAUCUGAUGGAGAAGUUAAAUUACUCGGUAAUGGGAGUGAAGGUUUUGUCAGAGUAUUUUACAAUUACGGUUGGCAUCCUGUUUGUGGGAGUCUAUGGACAGACACUAAUGCCAGAGUUUUCUGCAAGCAAUUAGGUUUCCAUUCAUCCACAACAAAAGCAAUUAACAACAAAGUAUCCAAAUUUGAUGUAAUAUCAAUAAGAGCCGCUCAUUGUGUCGGGAAGGAAGAACGUCUUAUAGACUGCCCCUUUACGUGGGAUACUUAUCGCACAUGUACUUCUCAGGCUUACACUAUCUGUCAUUACAAUGCUCAAAAUUUACCAAGUGAUGGAAAUAAUGCACCUGGAAUUAUAGCAGCAGUCGUAGUUGGCGUAUUCAUUACUUCAUUUUUAAUUAUUGUAAUUCGUAAAUACAUUCUUACGCCACAAGUGAGGCGAAGCCGACGAUUGCCAUAUCAGAGUAACAGAAAUGCGGCCAGUGGUAUGGCUGUCCGUUACUUGGCAGCUUUACCUAACUACGAAGAAGUAUCUGGUAAUAGAUUAGAUUAUGUUAACGAAGACCAACCACAUCAAAAUCGACAAAUUACUGCAGAAAGUGGUAAUAGACGUGAAGUAAAUUCAACAAAUAACAUUGAUGAUCAAGGAGAAGGAACGCAGAGUCCUUCAGCUGCUUCUUCUCCCGUAGGAAAUGAACGGCGAAGUGCGAACGGAGGUGGAAGAAGAACGCGAACACGAAGAAGACGUAGAGAUGACGAUCAGUCUCAGUCUUUAAUCAUUAAUGAAGGAAAUGGCGAAGAAGAAUCGGAAUUGAGCUUGUAA